AUGAAACUUAUGAAGAAUAUUAUUAAAGGAAAAUUGAACCCAAAGAAGGGUAAAAAAAAUUCGGAAGUCACAAUUAGCGACGCAUCAAAACAAAGUGAGGGCGAGCAUCCCGAUACGGAUUAUGAAAAUGCCGAGGAAGACGUUGAAGAUUCGCAUGAAUCGGACGAAGCUUCUGAUGAUGAAUCAGAUGAUAAUAAAAGUAAAGUAAAUGGAGACUCUAACAAAUAUAACCAUGCCGUAUUAAAUGAACAUGAUAGCGAAGUGAAGCACGACUUUGAAGUUAAAGAUGAUGUUGUGAAAGAAGAUUCAAACCAACCUAAUGGUGAAAUGAAUCCCAAAUAUGACAUUAACAAUAAUUCCGUGGAGAAAGAAGCAGAAGAACCUGACGUAAAUUCUGUAAAUGAUAAUAAUUCACAUACCAGUGAACAUUUUAGCAGUUCCGAUUUAGGGGAAGGGUCUGAGAAAAAAAAUUUUGACGCAGUUGAAGAACACGAGAGUGAUACUUCUGCUACGGGCGGCGACUUUAAAAGUCAAAUGGAUAUCGAUAAAAGUGGAGGUUCAACUGUCGGGAAUUCCGAAGAUACCGAAGAAAGUGAAGGAUCAACCAUCCAAGACGUUGUGACAACUGAGAAAUUUUCUGAAAACGAGAGAAGAGAAAAAGAUGAGCAAAAAGAUUCUUGGGGUGAACAGGAAAAAAAGGAAUACGAAUCUGAAUGGGAUCGACCGAUUGGAGAUCCCAACAUUUCUCCUGCAUGGAAUUUUUUUGAAAAAUUUAAAGAAAUCGACGGAUUUCAACUUGAAAACCCAACUAAAGGCGAUCUUCUAUCAGGGAACAAUCUGGUUGUAUCUCGGGAUAGGUCAAGUUUACCUGCGUACAGUGAAAAACAACUCACUCCUGUUCGUCGUGGAUUACCUCCGGAGCUUUUCGCCAACGGUUUGUACGUGGGUGAGAUUGAUCAGCUUCCGCCGAUGGGUCAUGUUUAUUAUAUGUUUGGGUGGUAUGCGGAAAAUAUGUUUGUCCAGAUAGCCAACAAAAUCCAGUUUAUUGAUAGAAUAACUAGAGUACCAGUGAGCGACUGGUUCCUUUGGCUCUUUUCGCUGAAGAGUUGGAUGGGUAUUAAGGAUGAAGGAAAAAGAAUAGGUAGUUAA